AUGAUUUACAGCGAUGAUCCUUCAAAUCGUGUUAAGUUUCAACUUUAUGAACUUUGUAAAUAUUAUUUUUUCUUUCAUAUAGCAGAGAGGUUUCAUUUACCAACUGCAAAAACUAUCAACGCAAUAGGUUUCGAAAAUUCGUUUAUGAAGAUGGAUCGCAACUUCUGUUGGCAUGCGAAGUUUCAAUAUCAAGCUUUAAUGGUAGUCAAGCACCUAUGUAGGUAG